GAAAAAGACACUUCUUCACUCAAAUUUCUCUCUCUCUCUCUCUCUCAUUCAAUAUUUAUACGACUCUUAAUUUCAUCUUAUAGUCAACAGAGUCCUCUCUUUUCAUUCUUCUCACACCACAAACACAAUACAACGUUGUUGUUUGUUGAUUCUUCCUUUGUUUUCUUGUUCUGUUCAAAAAUUAUAUGGCUUCAAUUUCACAAGGUCUUGUUUUAACCACCGCAACGGUUCUUUCAACCACCGUUCUUUACCUUAUUUUCUGUAAACAAAAAAAUUCAUCUCAAUUUCAAAUUAUCGAAACCCCCAAUUCUCUUCACUCUAAUAAACGGAUUCUUCGCUCUUGCUUAUGCUCAGAGGAAAAGAAGAGGGAAAAAAGGAGAAUAAAGAAGAAAGUGAAAUUUUCAGAAAAUGUGAUGUUGAAGGAAGAAGAAAAGGAAAUAAGAGAAGAACAGGGGAAGAAAAACAGAGUAUCAAUAAAAAAAUGCAGAAACGAAAUUCCUGAACCACGUGGAAUGCAAGAAAAUCGAAUUGCUUUGUAUAAUGGAAUUUUAAGGGAUCGAGUUCAUAGAAUGGGGUGUUGUCACUGAUGUGAAUAUCUCUUUUAAAAUUCAAACUCAUUAACUAAGCUUUGAGAGUUUUUUUAUCAUUGUCUUUGUUUUAGAAAUUAGAAUAAGGGAGAGAAAUUUUAGAGAAGUUGGCUCUGUUAUUUUUUAUUUUAUUUUAAUUUUAUUUAUUUAUUUUGUAAUUAAAUUUUUAGGAGGGUGAACAAUAUUUGAAGUCAUAAAUAGAAAAUUAUUGUGGUUUAUGGAAAGGGUAUUUAUGUGAAGAAGGGGUAGAAGUUGGAGAAAAAUCUUAUCUAUUCUUGUGGUUAUAAAUAGUUUAGCUUGAUUUGGUCCAACUCAUGGCUCUCAAUGAGUUCUAAAAAUAUCAGUCAAAGUCAAGUACCCUUUCUUAAAGGGGUGAAAAAAUAUAUAUUUUAAGUUUUGUUGUAAAGGUUUGACAAUGACAAGUAUUUUUUUUCGCAAUUUUAAGAGUGAAAAGUUUGAGUUUGUUCAUCCGAUA